AUAUUUUCUGUCAGAGACACCAACAUAACGCACACUCCUGUCCCCACCAUUUAGUUUAUUCGACAACACAAUUUCACAACUUGCGUUAAUUUUUCGCAAAAUUUCAUGGUUUUUCCGUUAAAAUAGAGCAUAGUUAUUGCCAGGAUUAUGGCUCUGAGCCGCAUGCUUCGGCUGGGCGAGUUAUGCACCUCUCGAAGUACGCUUUUAAUGAAAAAUUCGCCCCCGAAGUCCGUACGUAAUUUCCGCCGCCGCAACAAUGAGCCCCCCAAGCCCAACGUUAGCAGUAUUGAAACUCCGUUCCAAGACGUCAGUUUAGGAGGCUCCAGUUUACACCCACGCAAUUUGUGGAAGCCUUUCGGAUUUACGAUUGGGUUUAGUGCCGCUUGCUUUGUAGGCGCAGCGAUAUGGGAGUAUGAGAACAUGAGGGCACAUGCGAUUAAAAUGCUGAAAAAACCAGUAAGACUGUUUAAGCGUCAAGCAGAUGAAUUCCAUUCUAGAUCUCAUACUUUAUUGAGGCAAAUUGAGGAAAAGUGGAAGCUUUUGACGCCUGGUGAGAAGGUUUUUGUGCCUAUUUGUCUGAUAAACGUGCUCGUGUUCGGCGCGUGGAGGAUUCCGAGGUUGCAGCCCUUCAUGUUGAAAUAUUUUUGUUCAAACCCGGGAAGCAAAAGUGUGUGCUGGCCCAUGAUUUUGUCGACUUUUAGCCAUUACUCAGGGUUCCAUCUCUUGGCUAAUAUGUACGUACUUCACAGCUUUAGCACAGGUGCAGUACACAGUCUGGGUAAAGAACAGUUCCUAGGACUGUACUUGGGUGCAGGAGUUAUUUCGAGUUUUACCAGUUAUGUCUACAAAGUUAUUACCAAACAACCAGGCUUGUCGCUAGGAGCUUCAGGGGCUAUUAUGGCGAUUUUGGGGUAUGUUUGCACCCAAUAUCCUGAAACCAAAUUAGGGAUUAUUCUACUGCCAAUUUUUACAUUUAGUGCAGGCGCUGCAAUUAAAGUAAUCGUGGGCAUUGACACAGCUGGAGUAUUGAUGGGUUGGAAAUUUUUCGACCAUGCUGCACAUUUAGGAGGAGCAGCUUGUGGAAUAAUGUGGGCUUUGUGGGGCAACCAAUAUUUGUGGGCGAAAAGAGAACCUAUUCUCCACUACUGGCACGAAUUUAGGGGCUCCAUAAAAUAACUACUCCCAGUAUUUAUUAUAAACUUUGUAAUAAAAUGUAUAUAAUUAUUAUUUAUUAAAAA